AUGGCUACAAACUGGGAUCCUUCUAAUCAAGCGGCCUCUAUUGAUGAAAGCAUCGUUUCAAAUCCUUGGGAAAAGGUUCAUAACAGCAGCAGCAACCUGAAUUCCAUGGGUGUUCCAAAUCCGAUUUCUCCAAUAAUGACUCGUAGAGUAUCUCAUGCUCAAGAUGAUGUUGCUAGUAUUAUUUCUGGCUUGAGUAGCGUCAAUGUUGGGAAAGCCAAUAACGUUUCAGCGUUUUUAGGUGGUUAUAAUCAACCGAAAAACCUAAGUGUCUUUGAUGAAGCAGUGAUGAGUGAUUCUGGUUCUGACGCACUAAGGGAUGCUAUUUCUGCCAUUUCUGCGCCUGUUGCUGCCAAAUCCAGAUUUGGUGCAAACAUUUUUGGACCUGCUUCUGUUGCAGGUGUUAAUGUAACCGGAUUCAAGGCCCCAAAUACCUCUUCAUUUUUAGAAAAGUUUUCAUCUGUUACUGAAAAAACGAGAGAGCUCGAAUCUAACACUUUUGUUAACACUUCUAGAAGAACUUCGGUUUUUAACAAUGAUACAACCUCUCCUCAACAAUCAUACAGAGAACCAAGAAAGCAAUCUUUUUCUGAAAAAUUGGAAACAUACAUCAACACAACAACACCAACCAAUAUUUCCAGACACUUGUCAUUUAGUUCCGACGUCAAUGCUGCUACUAAUAAUAGCAUUACUAUCACUAAUAAAAUGUCUGAGAGCAACUCCUCCAUGCAUGAUAACGUUUCGGUUCAUGAUGGUCUAAAACCACAAUGGAACCCAGCCACUGCAACCCCGUUUCAUCCUAGUUACCCCAUGGACUUUGCAUAUGCUCAACAUCAAAUGGUGAUGAUGCAAGGCUUUGCAAAUGGGUCUCAAAGCUAUCCAAAUGGAGGAUUUUUUCCUCAAAUGUUUCCCCCGUUCGCAUCUAACGGAUAUAAUAUUGCACAUCCCGAACCACCGUCUGCUAUCCAAGAAUCUGAUGAACCCCAAUCCGAGAAUAUGAAGCCUACAGAUACUACCAAAAGCGAAUAUGGCAGUAAAACUAGUGAUUUAGAUGAUGAGAGUAGCGAUAGUAAUAAGCAACCAAAUAAUAACGGCCCACAUGAGUUCUUUCCUGUUGGUUUGAAUAGAUCCAAUUCUCCGUAUGUGGUUCCUCCCUUCACACCUUAUGGAAUUUUCCCACCAAAUGGAGCUAAUAGUGGUAUGUAUUCACCAAUAAUGCCUAUUCCAGGACCUGGUUCUCCUGUAGGUACUACUCCUAUCAUGUUUUCACCAGUUGUUGGGAUGCAUCCAAUAGGUGCGAGAGGUGAGGGCAGAGAUCAUCAUUCACCAGAGCCAUCCUCUCCCGUUAAGAAUAGUAAAUCACCUCUCAAUUCUUCUCAUAGAAAAGGUGGUCGAAAUUCCAGAACCAAGCACAAAAAUAUUGUUAGGUCCCCACUGUUAGAAGAGUUCCGUAGUAAUAAGGAUAAAACUUACACUUUGGAAGAUAUAGCUUCACAUGGUUAUGAGUUUUCUAAGGAUCAACAUGGCUCAAGAUUCAUUCAGCACGAAUUAUCAGUGGUAUCUGAUGAUACUAAAGAGUUGUUUUUCAAAGAAAUCAGAAACAAUGCAAUGGAUUUGAUGACAGACGUUUUUGGUAAUUACGUUAUCCAAAAGUAUUUUGAGCAUGGUACAGCUGUACAGAAGAAGGUUUUGUUUGAAUCGAUGAGAGGCUCCUUCAAUACGUUAUCUUUGCAAAUGUAUGGCUGUAGGGUUGUUCAGAAAUGUCUGGAAGGUGUCCCACUAGAUGACCAACUAGAAAUAAUGGAAGAAUUAAAACCAAAUAUUCUUAACUUGGUCAAGGAUCAAAAUGGUAAUCAUGUUAUUCAAAAGGCAAUUGAACAGAUUCCUAUCGAAAAGAUUCCAUUUAUCUUGAAUUCUUUAAGAAACCAAAUCUAUCAUUUAUCGAUGCAUCCUUAUGGUUGCAGAGUUAUUCAAAGGCUAUUGGAAUGUUCAGACACUGAGGAUCAAGAAUUUAUACUUAAUGAGUUGAAGGGCUUCGUUUAUUAUUUAGUCCAAGAUCAAUUUGGUAACUAUGUUAUUCAACACAUUAUCGAAAGUGGUAAAAAGAAAGAUUCAGAUGUUAUUUUGGAUGUUGUUUUGAAGAACCUGAUUGAGCUAUCAAAACAUAAAUUUGCUUCUAAUGCAGUUGAAAAAUGUAUCAUCAAUCUACCUGCAGAAAGUAGAAUCCAGAUUUAUGAAACUAUGUUGAAAGAUAAUCUAGAUAAGGACUCGCCACUAUCAGAAGCCUCCAAUUUAGUAUUAAUGAUUAAGGAUCCAUUUGCCAAUUAUGUUGUCCAAAAGAUGGUUGAAUUGAUUGACCCUGAGAGAAAGAAAUUUCUUGUUUACAAAAUUAGACAAUAUUUAAAGGUGAUUCAAAAGAAUAACCAUGGUAAACAUUUAGCUAGUAUUGAAAAACUUAACCAGAUUUGUCGUGCCUACGAUAUUUAG